UUUCUGGCGGUUUUGUUUUCCUCGCAAGACGCAUUUCGGACAGCGACGGUCAACGACAGGGCAGGAAUUUUGUCCGUAGCGAGCGCUGCGGUCCCGUGUGCUGUUUGUUCGCUCUAGUGGUUGUUUAGUGUUUAGUGCGUUUGCCCCGUACCAUACCAUACUAGUCCCCGUUUGGGUUGUCGUUGGGCCAAACCCAUUUUUCUCCGGAGCGCCCAUCGCCGCUGGGAAGCGAAACAACGAGUCUCUGAUCAACCAUCAACCCCUGUGUGCCAAAAAACAGACUUUUACAAGCAGCUAAGCUGAAGGGCUUCUGCAGCAGCAGCAACAGCAGCAGUGCGCAAACGAAAGCGCAAAAAGCCCUACAAAGGACAUCCGACAAUUGUGCCGUCGUCAUCGUCUUAAUCGCCGUCCAUUGCUCAACGACUGCCCUGGCGGAGUGUCUCCGCCAAUUCGUGUGUGUGUGUGUGUGUGUGUGUGCACGCGUUUUGUGCAUGGGCGUGAUAUGCGCGCCCGCUCUCGUCGUCUCGUCGUUUGAGUGUCAGUUUAUGUGUGUGUGUGUUUAUAUUAGAGUUAUAUAUUUUAAAGUGCAGGCUUAACCUUCUGCGCGAUCGGUUUUUUGCAAAAGCGGCAUGCUAAGAUUUUACACCGGAAAAGUACCAAAAAGCACGACCCAUGAUAAGUAGUUUUGAGGAAAUCGAAUCGUAACUUUAACAACCGCACGCGCCUUCAAUGCCGUUCGAUGUCUGCAUUCGGCACGGGGACUACCGAAACACCAGCGUAUCUGUGAAUCGCAGCUCCAGCGAACCGUUAAAAAAAAAACCAGCAACAAAAAAGCAGACCCCGAAGAACUAGUGUUGCCUGACGGGAUUUAAAGCAAGGAAGGAAAGCGUUGACAACGGACCUCUCUAGUCUCUACACGAUACCGGCAGAAAGUGGAAUAGGAGGAAGAGGAGGAGGGGACAAAGGGGAGGGUGGAAGAAUAACAGCACGAAAGAAAACGUAUGCAAAUGUUCGUCCUGGUGCUGUUGCUGCUGCUGCCGAUCGCCAACACACUGCACCACCAUCAUCAACAUCACCUUCAUCACCAUGUCAUCGAACACUGACCUCAGCUUCGAAUGGUCAUUGCUCACCAAGAAGGAUUGCCGCAAAUGGAACACUGCCGCAUAGACCGAAUCUUCGAGGCUCAGACUCUUCGGCGCUAGGACACCAGAUACUCGUGAACCUUCCUGGCGGUUUUGAUUUCUAAUAUUCAGUGGUUUUCCAACACCGGGGGAAAAACACACACACGCACACACACACACAUACACAUCCUGUCCGGGCGAGGGAUUUUGCUAGAGUUCUUUCUCCUGGUUCCACGGAUAUAGGAGAAAGGCCAAACACUAAACUAAAAAUAGGGUGAAACUAAAGGCAACAUUAUGAGCGGCCUAGGGAGCGACUUGCUCGAUAAGCAUCUCGUCGACGAAAGCUCCCUGUAUAUGUUGGACGAUUUGCAACUGGCAGCUGAGCUAGGGAAAACGCUACUGGAACGUAAUAAAGAGCUCGAGGCAACGCUAAAACACCACCAAAACAUUAUUGACGAUAAUGUUCUGGAAAUAGAGUACUUAACAAAACAGAAUGCAGCCCUACGCGAGGUAAACGACUCGCGGAUGAAGAUCUACGAGCAGCUAGAAGUGAGCAUCCAGGAUCUAGAGCGGGAUAAGUAUAAGCUUGCGCUCGAGUAUCAGGCCGAGAAGAAGCAUGUCAAACAGCUGUGUACUAAUAUUGAGAGCUUAGAAACCAAAGUAGAAGAGCUAACCCGAUCGCUCGAGGAUGCUCGGCGGCAGGUGGAAGCGGAUCGUAGGACCAAAAUAACGGAACGAUUGGUUAGUCAGCAGCAGCAUCAGCAGCAGCAGCAACAACCACCAUCGGGUCUGCCAAUUAUUAAGCUCAACAGCCAAACCAGCCAUCCAUCGAAAGACGCCAUACCUGUUGUUUCUCCACCAGAGGGCGAAAGCACCAGUCGACAGAUAGACGAACCCUGUCAACAAGUCAAAGCAACGUCCUCUGCAACGGUGAGCAAUAGUGGAGCAACCACUCUACCGUCCCAGGAGGUCGAGGAUAAUCUGGACGCUGGUGAUGGUGGUACUGGUACGGAGGAGCACACGCUGAGCGAAGAUAAUGAGGAGGUGAUGCAUAUUAUGCAGGAGCUGCAACGUACGCAAAAAUGUCUACUGUCUGAGCAGGGCAAGGUGGGCGAAUUGGAGGAGCAGCUGGCGGCGAUUGUACAGGAAAAUACGGCACUUCACACGAAGUUGUUGAACCGCUCGUCCGACCUCAAAUCGGUACAUGAUGGCCCAUCCAUGUUGGAGGAGUUAAGACAAGGCGGGAAGGUAUGUACCCGAUGUUUGCGGGACCUGAGCGAACAGCCAGACAACGAUUCGAUCAUCACCGGGACCGAGGACGAUGACGCCAGCCUGAUGGAGAUGAUCCACAACGUGGACUUCCCGAAGGUGUACCGGUCAUCUGUCACGUUGCAGAUAAAUCCGACGGAACCGGAUAGCUUGGACCUUUCCGCAAGUGAGUGUGCCGGUCCGACCAAUCCCUACCGCGAGCUGGUAGAGAAGUAUGAGGCACUGCUCGAGGUCCACCGUCAACCGAUCGUACGCAAGGCAACGACAACAGCAGCCGGCACAUCCACAGCAGCGGCAAUGGGCUCCGGUAACAAUACGCCCGUUGACAGCUGUCAACCACAGCAGCUGCUCGGUGAUUCGGUCGAUGGUGAACAGGGUCCGCGCUACAUGAUGCAGUUCAAUCCAGCCAUCGUGAGCGGUGAGAAUCCACACCCGCAGGAGCGCCAUCCGAGCGAGCAGAGCAUCCGGACGGCAGUGGCCGUAGCUGCCACCGAGUGUUCCGAAACGGAAACGGCCAGCUCGGGCUACUCGGACGAGGUCAGCAACAAGGCGACGCAGACGGACGAAAGUCCGCGCAACUUCCUGUGCACGAUUGCGGACGGCAAGGACUGGCGGUUCAGUAUCUACGAGGAUGAGAGUGCAAUCGAUUCGCGGUUCCGGUUCAGCCCAGCGCAUCGCGAGCUGUUCCGGGAGAUAUUCAGUGUGUUGCGGAAGGCGGCCGAAAAUCGGGACGAGGGUGAUCAGUUGCCGCUGCUGGACGAUACGAAGCCGGUCGGUGCGAUAGUGGCGGGCAGAGACACAACCAAUCCGGUACCGCCGGUAACACCGGCGACCGAGGAACCACCGGGUGCGUUCGGUAUCGAGGAGGAGGAUGAGGAUGACGAUGAGACGGUCAGCUUCAUCUCAUCGUCGGCCGUCAGUGAACAAUCGUUCGCCAUGUCCGAAUGCAUCACUAAGUCAGAACGUCGCCGUAUCGCGCGUCAAGCGAAGGCUGCCUGUCGGUACGGUGAGGAGGAACCGAAGCCACUGGAGUCUAACCUCGGCACGGAGCCGAACCAGCGGCAACAACUGCAGACUCAGCAGCAACAUCAGCAACAGCAACAGAAGCCUGCCGAUGGAUAUGCACCAACGUACCAGCUAGACUACAUCGCUGUCACGGUGAGCAAGCGCAAGUCACGCCGCCGAAGUCAUCGGCGGGAUGGUAAUCAACCGACCACACCGCAAACACCACCACGUACCGGCAGCGCACGCAAGAACCGUCCCUCCUUCAGACCGUGGAACCCGGAACGGGACGGUGCCAUCGUUGCACCGGGCGAAUGGAACGGUAACUCGAUGACCGUCUACAACCGGGCCAUAAACAAACCGGGGCAGGUUGCACCGGGCAGUUACAAUGCGCCCACCGCAUCACCUGACGGUGCCAACGCGACCCAGCCGACACCAUCCUCCAAGGUCCGACGGUCGAACGAGAAGAAACGGAACGCCUCAGGACUUCGCAAUCGUUUCGCGGAUCUAGUGGAUAAUGCGCUCGGUGAUGAUGCGGUUGAGUUCCGACCGUCGACAGCAUCUCAGCAUCUGCACAAACUACAGAAACUGGAUCUCUCGUACGCGGAAGUUCUACGCCGGGCGGACGGUAGUAACCCAUUCCCUGCUCGACGUCAGUACAACAAGCAACAGCAACAGCAGUAGUAAGAUUCUGCCCCAGCGUCGGAUUCUGGACCUACCGGGAUUAACAACUCCGCUAACCGAAUAUCUGAGAGUACUGAGGCAAAACCCCCAACUGACAAAUAAAAUUCCCCUAAAAAAUUGUGCUACGCAGUUGCGUUUCGGGCGAUUUAGAAUACUAA